AUGUCUACCGCAGCCCGCCGUCGGUUGAUGCGUGACUUCAAGCGUAUGCAGACUGACCCUCCUGCUGGUGUCUCUGCCUCCCCUGUUCCCGAUAAUGUCAUGACUUGGAACGCCGUCAUCAUCGGCCCUGCCGAUACGCCUUUCGAGGAUGGAACUUUCCGCCUGGUGAUGCACUUCGAGGAGCAGUAUCCCAACAAGCCCCCAUCCGUCAAAUUCAUCAGCCAGAUGUUCCACCCGAACGUCUACGCCACAGGCGAGCUCUGCCUGGAUAUCUUACAAAAUAGAUGGAGUCCCACAUACGACGUUGCAGCGGUGCUGACGAGUAUUCAGAGUCUAUUGAACGACCCCAAUACCGGCUCACCCGCAAACGUCGAAGCUUCCAACCUGUACAAAGAUAAUCGCAAAGAAUAUACCAAGCGAGUCCGCGAGACUGUAGAAAAGAGCUGGGAGGAUUGA